AUGGCUGCACCAGGAGACCAACGAAUCGCCGUACCCAUCGAUGAUCCCAACGCAGAUACCGAGUGGAACGACAUUCUCCGGAAACAUGGCGUUAUCCCCGAGAAGCCUCCUAGCCCGACGCCUAUGAUCGAAGAGGCGAUUCUUGAGGGCCGCCGGUUAGCACACGAGAAUAGGUUAGAGGGCAAAGAUCUUGACGAACUAGACGAGUUGGAGGAUGACGAAGACGAGGCGUUCUUGGAGCAAUAUCGCCAGCGUAGGAUGCAGGAGCUUAAUGCGCUUACGCAAAAGGCCCUCCAUGGCACCGUCUACCCGAUUUCAAAGCCCGAAUACCAGCGCGAGGUUACUGAGGCCUCGAAGAACGGCCCUGUCUUCGUCAACCUUACUUCCUCUCUCGGUACCAACGUUGAAUCACGCGUGCUGUCGGAGCUCUGGAGACAGGCUGCGCGAGAGUAUGGCGAAAUCAAGUUUUGCGAGAUGCGUGCGGACAAGGCCAUCGAGAAUUACCCCGAGCGGAAUUGCCCGACAAUCCUGGUCUACAAGGAUGGUGAUAUAAUCAAGCAGGUUGUUACAUUGGUGCAGCAUGGAGGCGUCAGGAUUAACAUGCUGCAAAUUGACAACCUUUUGGUUGAGGUUGGAGCAGUUCCCGACUCGGACAUGCGCGUUGUUAAGAGGCGCAGGCAGGCUGAGGACGAAGAGGAAGAGAAAGCUAUGGGCAAGGGUAUCAGACAGGGAACAGUGUCAAAAUCAAAAGGUGACUCUGAUGACGAGGAUUGGGAAUGA